CACCCCAAGGGCCUAGACAGCCCUAAGCACUGCAUCUGCCCCCUCCCACUCCCUUCUUCCGGAGGUCCCUCCGCCUGUUCCAGCAGCAGCUUGUGCACAUUUUCCGAUUUCCUGUGAACCUCCGCCCAGCAGCGCAGCUGGGUGACUCAGGACCCCGGUGGCCAGGCCCCCUGCUCCAUGGGAUCUUUGUUUGCUCAGGCCUUUGGCUCUGGCCCUCUGGCCUAGGGCCCUCAAAGGAUUUCCUGAGCCCCGCCCCUGCCCUCUGACUACCAGGCCAGCAGAGGCCUGGAGUAGGGGGGGGCCCUGAGACUGGGGUGACAACCUUUAACACUGGGCUCAGGAGAUGGAGAGCCGAGAGCCUGGGGCCAACCAGCGGCCCCCGGAGGAUGAGAAAGAGGCGAUCCGCCGUGCCAUCCAGAAGGAGCUGAAAAUCAAGGAGGGUGUAGAGAACCUGCGGAGGGUAGCCACAGACCGCCGCCACCUGGGCCAUGUGCAGCAGCUCCUGCGCUCCUCCAAUCGCCGCCUGGAGCAGCUUCACGGAGAGCUGAGGGCGCUGCAUGCACGCAUCCUGCUGCCCGGCCCUGGGCCUGGCCAGGCUGAACCUGUGGCCCCGGGACCCCAGCCACCUGCAGAGCAGCCCAGGGCUCGGCACCUGGAGGCUCUCCAGAGACAGCUGCAGGUGGAACUGAAGGUGAAGCAGGGGGCAGAGAAUAUGACGCAUACAUAUGCCAACGGCACGCCCAAGGAGAGGAAGCUCCUGGCAGCUGCCCAGCAGAUGCUGCGGGACAGCCAGCUGAAGGUGGCUCUACUGCGAAUGAAGAUCAGCAGCCUGGAAGCCAGUGGGUCCCCUGAACCAGGUCCCGAGCUGCUGGCAGAGGAGCUAAGACAUCGGCUGCAUAUUGAGGCUGCUGUGGCCGAGGGUGCCAAGAACGUGGUGAAGCUACUGGGUGGCCAGCGGACUCAAGACCGGAAGGCCCUGGCCGAGGCCCAGGCCCAGCUCCAGGAGUCCUCCCAGAAACUGGACCUGCUGCGACUGGCCUUGGAGCAGCUGCUGGAGGGACUACCUCCUGCUCAUCCUCUGCGUGGCCGGGUGGCCCGGGAGCUGCGGACGGCCGUGUCUGGGAACCCUCAGCCUUCAGGGGUGCUUGUGAAGCCCACCGCCAUGACAGGGACACUGGAGGUCCGCCUCCUGGGCUGUGAGCAGCUGCUGAAGGCUGUCCCCGGACGGUCCCCGGCAGCUGCACUGGCCGGGAGCCCCUCCCAGGGCUGGCUCCGGGGCAGGGCCAAGCCUCAGCGUGGAGGAGGAGAUCUGGCCAGUGAGGUGAUGGCUGUGCUGAAAGUGGACAAUCGUGGCGUGGGCCAGACUGGCUGGGCGCCGGUGGCCAAGCAGUCCUGGGACCAGAUGUUUAUUGUCCCCCUGGAGCGGGCCCGGGAGCUGGAGAUCGGGGUGCGCUGGCGGGACUGGCGGCAGCUGUGUGGCGUGGCCUUCCUGCGGCUGGAGGACUUCCUGGACAAUGCCUGUCACCAGCUCUCCAUCAGUCUGGUGCCACAGGGGCUGCUCUUUGCCCAGGUGACCUUCUGUGACCCUGUCAUUGAGAGGAGGCCCCGGCUACAGAGGCAGAAACGCAUUUUCUCUAAACGCAGAGGUCAGGACUUUCUGAGAGCUUCCCAGAUGAAUCUCAGCAUGGCGGCCUGGGGACGCUUGGUCAUGAGCCUGCUGCCCCCCUGCAGCUCCCCAAGCACAAUCAGCCCCCCCAAAGCAUGUCCCCAGACUCCAGCCACACCCCGGGGAGCUGCCGAGCCUGCCUCGCCCAGUAAUGUCCCACCCAAGAAGAGCCCCUUGGGAGAAGAGAUGAGGCCCCCGCCCAAGCCCCCACGCCUCUACCUGCCCCGGGAGCCAACCUCCGAGGAGAUACCGCGCACCAAACGCCCCCACAUGGAGCCCAGGACGCAACUUGGGUCGUCUCCUCCAGCCUCAGCCGCCAGGAAACCCCCCCGGCUUCAGGACUUCCGCUGCUUGGCCGUGCUGGGCCGGGGACACUUUGGGAAGGUCCUCCUGGUGCAAUUCAAGGGCACGGGGAAAUACUACGCUAUCAAAGCGCUCAAGAAGCAGGAGGUGCUGAGCCGGGACGAGAUGGAGAGCCUGUAUUGCGAGAAACGCAUCCUGGAAGCCGUGGGCCGCACGGGGCACCCCUUCCUGCUCUCCCUCCUCGCCUGCUUCCAGACCUCCAGCCACGCAUGCUUUGUGACAGAGUUUGCACCUGGUGGUGACCUCAUGAUGCAGAUCCAUGAGGAUGUCUUCCCUGAGCCCCAUGCCCGGUUCUACCUGGCUUGUGUCAUCCUCGGGUUGCAGUUCUUACAUGAGAAGAAAAUAAUUUACAGGGACCUAAAGUUGGAUAACCUUCUGCUGGAUGCCCAGGGUUUCCUGAAGAUUGCGGACUUUGGGCUUUGUAAGGAAGGAAUCGGCUUUGGGGACCGGACAAGCACCUUCUGCGGCACCCCAGAGUUCCUGGCCCCAGAAGUGCUGACCCAGGAGGCCUACACACGGGCCGUGGACUGGUGGGGUUUGGGUGUGCUGCUCUAUGAGAUGUUGGUGGGAGAGUGCCCAUUCCCGGGGGACACUGAGGAAGAGGUAUUUGACUGCAUCGUCAAUGCCGAUGCCCCAUAUCCCCACUUUCUAUCGGUGCAAGGUCUCGAGCUAAUUCAGAAGCUCCUCCAGAAGUGCCCGGAGCAGCGCCUGGGGGCAGGUGAGCAGGAUGCAGAAGAGAUCAAGACCCAGCCUUUCUUCAGGACCACCGACUGGCAGGCCCUGCUCGCCCGUACCGUCCGGCCCCCCUUCCUGCCCACACUGUGUGGCCCUACGGACCUGCGUUACUUCGAGGGCGAGUUCACGGGGCUACCACCGGCCCUGACCCCGCCGGACCCCCGCAGCCCCCUGACUGCCCGCCAGCAGGCCGCCUUCCGGGACUUCGACUUUGUGUCAGAGGGAUUCCUGGGGCCCUGACGGCCUCUCUGGCGAGUCCACCCUGUCCGCCCAGCUGCUUGCCCUGCUCUGGAGGCCCGGGCCUCACAGGUUCUCUGUGGGUCUCGGGCCUUGACGUGGCAGCGGCGGGGCUGCUGUGGGGGGUGUUGCUUGGUCACUGGGCAGAAUGUCCC